GGAAAAAGGGGGAGGGAGGGAGGAGGGAGGGGGAGGAGGAGGAGGAGGGAGAUAUGGCGGCGGCUGCGGAGGAGAAGAGGUCGUUGUGUUUCUUAGGUAUGGGGAGGGGAUUCCAGAUGCUUCUGGCUUUGGUGAUUGUGAUGGUCGGUCUGUUUGUGGAGGGGGUCAAUGGCCGGUUUGUUGUGGAGGAUAAUACAAUCAAGAUCACAUCGCCCCAAGAUCUGAAGGGGAGUUAUAAAGGCGCUCUAGCAAAUUUCGGCGUUCCUCAAUAUGGCGGCAGCAUGUCGGGACAGGUCGUCUAUCCAGCGUCCAAUCAAGAAGCCUGUAAUGAAUUCACGGCGGGACAAUUCAAGGUUACUCCUGGGGAAAUGCCGAAUGUUGUAUUAGUCGACCGUGGAAGUUGUUAUUUCACGACGAAGGCAUAUCACCUUCAGUUGGGUGGUGCGUCUGCGGUGCUGGUGAUGGACAACAAAGAAGAGGAGCUGAUUACAAUGGACGCGCCGGAUGCGACGAUCACGGACGAGAACAGGACGAUUUCGGAGGAGGACAUUACGAUCCCAACGGUGCUGAUUCGGAUGCAGGACGGAAAUAAAAUCAAGGAAGCGCUCAGGCAGAAGCAGUUGGUGAGUGUUGUUCUGGAUUGGACGGAGUCGAUUACGAACCCGGACCAGCGGGUGGAGUACGAGCUGUGGACGAACUCGAACGACAAGUGCGGCGAUAAGUGCAACAUGAUAAAAAAUUUUGUGACGGAGUUUAGGGGAAUCGCGCAGAACUUGGAGAAGGGAAAGUACACACAAUUCACGCCGCACUUCAUCACCUGGUACUGUCCUCUGACGUACGUGGACACACAUCAAUGCCAGUCGCAGUGCAUCAACCACGGAAGGUAUUGCGCUCCCGAUCCUGAGCAGGACUUCACGACGGGAUACGAUGGAAAGGAUGUCGUCAUGGAGAAUCUGAGACGGCUCUGCAUUUUCAAGCAGUUGAACGACUCGGGCAAACCGUGGAAGUGGUGGGAUUACGUGUACGAUUUCAGUGUGCGAUGUCCCAUGGACGGCCCGAAUGGCCAGCAGCUCUACAAUCAAGCUUGUUCUGAAGAGGUCAUGAAGUCGCUCGAUGUGGAUGUGGCGAAUGUCGCUGCGUGUGUUGGAGACAAGGAUGCCGAUAAAGAUAAUGACAUCUUGAAGAGAGAACAGGAGGCUCAGGUGGGUAACGAUGAGCGUGGAGAUGUAACAAUUUUGCCGACGCUGAUCAUCAACAACGCUCAAUAUAGAGGAAAGCUGGAGAAGAAUGCUGUCCUGAAGGGUAUUUGUGCAGGGUUCAAGGAAGAGACGGAGCCAAGUGUUUGUCUUGGAGGAGAUAUUGAGACGAACGAGUGCCAGGCAAACAACGGAGGGUGCUGGGAGGGGUACAAUGUAACGGCAUGCAGGGAUACUUUCAGAGGGAGAAUUUGUGAGUGUCCAACAACUCCAGAAGUGACAUAUGUUGGGGACGGUUUCAAAGACUGCAAACCUUCUGGUCCUGGGCGCUGCAGAGUCGAUAAUGGAGGAUGCUGGCAGGAGGAACGUGAUGGAAGACGCUUCACGGCCUGUGAUGACUCACUUGGUGGUACUGGUUGCAAGUGUCCGAUUGGAUUCGACGGUGAUGGGAAGCAGUGCGAAGAUAUCGACGAGUGCAAAACGAUGUGCAGAUGUUCUGGCUGCAAAUGCAAGAACACGUACGGCUCUUUCGAGUGCACUUGCGCUAGCGAUCAGCUUUACAUGCAGGAGCAUGACACAUGCAUCAGGAAGGUUGGGUCGUCGGCAACGAGAACGUUAUGGAUAACGAUUACGAUUCUCUUGAGCGUGUUUGCUUUUGUCGGGAUGGCUGCUUAUGCGGUCUACAAGUAUAGGCUACGCUCUUACAUGGACUCGGAGAUCAGGGCCAUCAUGGCACAGUAUAUGCCACUCGAUCAAGGCGAACCAGGCCACUCGAAUAGAAUGGAUUCGGAACUUUGAAAUUGAGGAUCAGCUCUCGUCUCUUGCGGAGACGAGAAAAUGCUUGCAGGGAUUGGACCAUGCACGCCUUUGUAUGGAUCGUUUUUUUUUUCGUUUUUUUCAUACGAUGUCAAAAUUCACUCUAUUGUGAGUUUGAUGCGGCGGGGAGCGAGGAGGUGAUCGAUGGCAUGCCUGUUCCUGAAUAAAGACCAGGGAGGUGGUGGAUGACUCUCUGGGGAGCGGAUUCGUCUGGGCCUGGAGUGCGAGGGAAUUUGGUCGGCAGGUAAACUUGAUGUCGCCUCUCCUAAUACCUGUUACGGGGUUCGAUCUGGAGGCUACGAAUGGGUUGGAUUGGGUUCAGGAGGAGGGGCCUUUGGGUUUUUUCUUCCGAUGUGGGACGACGUUUAUCGUUGCGCAUGGGUAACUAGGCAGGGCUAGGAAACAUGUGUGGCGGACAGGUCGAAUAGGAGUGGGUGCAGUUGCGAUGAUGUCUUCGUUGUUGUUAGAUGAAGUGUGCAUGGCCAUGUGUUGAAGAGGACUAGGAAGGGAGAGGGAGGAAGAGGAGUAUAUAGUGGGAGGAACGAGCGUCUUUUGCAUCUUCCGUCCAUUCUCAAUGCAUGUUUUCAAAUCUCCUGUCGGCAUCGCGAUGGGAGGCACUUUGAAGACGAUCAGGGAAGCACAUGUGGAUGGAGAGAGGGCAAGGUUACUUGCUCGUUGCGUUAGUACUUUUUCUGCAUGCCUGAGAGCUGUUGGUCUGUUGUUGGUGUCCUAUUGCUCAUGUCGAGCGCUUUACGUAUCGAAUCUGCUAUAGUGUUGUAACUGCUUGCACGACAGGAAGCCUGAUUUUAGGAGAGGAGAGAUAUCUGUGGUUGGAAAGGCGGAUAUAGAGAUUGCUUUGUUAACUACGACUGUUUGUGUGCUUGUUCGGGCAUCUUGCCGUUGCGAUCGUCUCUAUUUGAGAGAGCAUGCGCGCGCGUGCAAUAGAAAUACAUAGCGAGGAAGGAAAAGAAAUAGAAUUUACGAGCCUGGGUUGGUGCUGGUCGUCCUUGCACAUGCAUCUCUUCUGUUUUGGUGAAAGUGUUUGCCGCCUCCUUGAAGCCUGUACAAAUUAUGAAGUGGUUGAAUCAUUAUGUUGCAGUCAACAAAAACUUACUGUAUGGGGUUGGUAUUUGAUGUCCUUCCCUGCGAAAAGAAGGAGAAUGUCUUGCGCAAUUGGGAUUGUUCUUGUCGUGUGCGAAGGCAGGCCGCAGAGCAGGCGGGUAAAUAAGCAACCUGUCAUUUCAGUUGUGUUCCUGUUUCGCGCCAAUGAGGAACGGGGGCAGAGAAGAUCGCUGGGAACAAUGUUUGCUGCAUCGAAUGGCUGGGAUGUGCUUUGUGUUUCGAAGAUGCUUCGUAAUCGAUGGAUGGGAUGUGAAGGCCGGACCAGACGAGUAAGUAUAUCAGUUUUACGGACACGUAUACCCGCAUUCGUAUCCGAUGGAAACCUGUGUUGUGCAUGCUUGUAUGUUUGAGAGCUUUUUUGCGCAAAAACUUUCCACUCCUUUCCAGAGAUCCAGACUGCUGUUCCGUUUCGAUCAUUUCAUUGUUUCGGUUCGAAGCGUUGCCAUCUCUUCGUUCGUACGUUGGUGUUAUGCAUGCUUGCAUGUGUGAGAGCUUUUUUUUGCAAAAACUGUCCACUCCUUUCCAGAGAUCCAGACUGGUGGCAGAAGCAUUAGACGGAUACUCCUUUGUGAACGUAAGUGAUCUUGAACCCCAUUCCGUUCGAUCAGUUCAUUGUUUCGGUUCGAAGCGUUGCUGUUCUCUUCGUCCGUACGGUGGUGUGUCUGCCUUUGCACCCCCCUGGAGGGGAAAGUGUGUGAACGAGGUUAUCAUUAGGCUUCUCUUCGUCUGUACGGUGGUGUGUCUGCCUUUACACCCCCCCCUGGAGGGGGGACGUGUGUGAACAAGGUUAUCAUUAGGCUUCUGGGAAAUAUAUUGUUGGGAACUCCGCUGGCUCUGGAGGAGGGGAAACUUUGUCUGUGAUUGGAGUUUUGUGUUCCUGCUUGCGUGCUUGCUUGCUUUUUGAACGAACAUGCAUUUUACGGUCAAUCCUCUCUAUCUUAUCUAUGCUACUAUUAAAAUUUCUGUACUAGUUGUUUGCCUGCUUUCGUUCGUUACCUUCUCUCUACCUGGACUUGUUUGCUUUUGCUUUUGCUUGCUUGCCUGCUUGCGAUUUGAGUGGACAAAUGCCCUUCCUGAUCGUCUGUUUGUGCUUCUGCACUCUCUUUUCCGAAGGGGCCCUUGUUCUUCCUGCACUUGUGUACAGCUCGCUUUGGGUUCCUAGGGGAUAUCUAUCUAUCUAUCCAUCUAUCUAUCUAUCUAUCUAUCUAUCUAUCUAUAUGCAUGAAAUAUGUUUCUUGCCUGCACUUGUUUGCUGCUUUGCUUGCUUGGUCGCUCCAUGAAGGAAGUUUGAGUUUCUUAAGAGGUUGAUGUUUCCUAAUGCAGUCUCGGUUGAUGUGCUUUCCUUUAGCUACACGAAGGCACGCUGGCCUUCGGCCCAAUCCGUUUCCCCUGUCGGGAUGAGAUGUACUGGCAAUAGAAACGGGACCAGUGGCUGGCUGUUCAGUUAGCGAACAAGCGUCGACUGUUUCUUGGCAUUGCGAUCUUGCACGCUGUACACCGCUUUUACAGGAAACGACUAGUAGAACACAUUUCUGGACAAAUGGAUAGGGCGGAGUGCGUCCGACUGGCGUGGGGAGUUGUGGUGAGAAUCUUACACCGUCUGCAAUUGUGAAAGGUGAAACUUUCCAAGGUUUUGCUUGUGUUUGCCGACGAAAGUGGUAGAAACUUGUGUUGCCUAUUGAUUCGCAUUAUUAGUAUGUGCUGCAUGGAACUGGGGAUUGAUGAUUCCUUGGCGUGGUGAGGUGUAGGGGAAGUACUUGUUUAUACUACUAAUAGACAUUGGGAAGUUUAGUAGACGGGCAGGUGUGUAGAUUAGAGCGUUGUGUUAUAAGCGAAGUUUGCAGUGUUUGCUUGAGGUAUCACAAUGGCUGAUUUCUUUUCUUUAAUGC